AUGUCAACAACCCUCUUCCUGCGUCAAAAUCUCAGAACACUCUCCAGCAUAUCCAGAGUAAGGACCAUGGCCUCGGCAGCACCAGAGAAAUUCGAGUGGCUGGUCAUCAUGCCCGAUCAGCCCGGGAAGCUAGCAAAACGCAUGGAGAUUAGACCUGCUCACUUGGAUGGUCUGAAUUCUGCUCGUGAGAAGGGGUUCUGGAAGAUGGGUGUGAUAGGAGCCUUGCUUGAGGAAGUUCCCAGAGAGGGGGAAGGGUUAAAGAUUCACGGGAGUUGUAUGGUUGCGCUGGCUUCGUCCAAGGAAGAGGUCUUGGAGCAAUUGAAGGCGGACACAUACGCCAAGAAUGAAGUAUGGGACUUCAGUAAGAUACAGAUUUACCCCUUCAAGUGUGCUUUCAGGACUCCGUAG